AUGGCCUCUGCCGAUGCGGUGGUGGUCAACAAGGCUGCACCGCCAAAUCCAGGCGCCUCCCCUGCGACCCCAGCAACGGCGACAACGACAACGGCACCAGAUAACAAAAAGCUCAGACUGUCGUGCGACAACUGUCACGCAGCAAAGGUCAAAUGCACAAAGGAACGUCCGCUGUGCUCGAGGUGCGCCAACUCGGGCGCCCCGUGCAUCUACUCGAAAUCCCGACGAGCAGGGAAGCCCAAGGGCUGCGGCAAAAAGACUGGCCCGUUUGGUAACAACAAACUGCAAAACACCACGCCCGAGUUCUGCAGUCGACCCGAGUCUCCUCUGUCAGACGCGCGCAUGAGCAUCGACUUUGACGAUGCGUCGUGGAACGUCGACAUCCCCGGCAGCCGCCGAGAUUCAGUCCUCGACCAGAGUUUCACGACUCUGCAGUCCAUGACUGAGACGACUGGUGUUUCGCUCGAUCCGACACUGACACAGACCUUCACGCACUCGACCAUGGACACCGACGACUUUUCUGCCUCUGCCGCAGCCUUCUCCACCGGUAACCUAUUCUCGGCCGACUUCCAGAUGUCGCCCGAGUGGAUGUCCGGCAUGGAUGCAAAUGCUGCUCAAGUCCCUUUUGCCACGGAGGGCAUGACCGUGUCGUCGGCCAACAUCAUGCUCUACCCAGAGUUCAGCUGCUCCGACACAAGCACGCUCAACGAUGACGGCUCAAGCUCUGGAAUCACCAGCACGGCCCCUUCCUGCAACUGCAUGGCUUCGUUACAGGACAUCCUCAGCGCGCUCAACGGCACGAUGCCGUCGUUUGACAAGUUCCUGGCCAUCAACAAAUCAGCCGUCCAGCGCAUGGCCCAGAGUCUGGCCUGCCACUGCUUGCCGGAUAUCUCGUCUGUCAUGCUCCUGUCCGUCAUCAUCACCCGCAUCGUGCAGUGCUACAAGAAGAUCCGCAAUGGCGAGUGCCAGGGGUGCGACGAGGUCGGCGUCACCAUGGGCUCGCUGAAGAUGGACAGCGAGGACGAAUACCAAAUCAAGAUGGUGCUGAUUCGCUCCGAGCUGCGCAAGAUCAAGUCGCUGGUCACCCGGUUCCGCGACCGGUUCGAGAGUUUCCUCCAGGGCGCCGAUCGGCAGCUCUAUGAGGCCAACAUGGCGUUUCUGGAAUAUGGACUGGAUGACACCAUCAAAGGGCUUUGA